CCAUAAAAAUGUAUACACAUGAGUGUAAUUCUCCAAUGGAUGUUGAUAAAUAUCUUCAAGAGCAACACGACUAAUAGACUCCAAUGGAUGUCAAUUGAUGUCUUCAACAAACAGACAACGGAUUUGCUGACUUUGAUUUUUCUCCAAAUUGUUUUAAUAUAUCAGUCAGUGUUAGUUUGAAAAGCAAUGCAAACUUAAAUGAGAAAAUCCAUUAUUUAACGAAGAAGAUAGAAAUCAUACAAGCAAACAUCAAAAACUCAAACAUUGAUCUAAUCCUUAAAAUGUGUACACAUGAGUGUAAUUCUCUAAUGGAUGUUGGUCAAUAUCUUCAAGACCAACACGACUGGGAGACUCCGAUGGACGUCGAUCAAUGUUUUCAACAAACAGACAAGGGAUUUGCUGAUUUUAAUUUUUCUCCAAAUUGUUUUAAUAUAUCAGUCAGUGUUAGUCUGAAAAGCAAUGCAAACUUAAAUGAAAAAAUCCAUUGUUUAACGAAGAAGAUAGAAAUCAUACAAGCAAACGUCAAAAAGCCAAACAUUGAUCUAAUCCUUAAAAUGUGUACACAUGAGUGUAAUUCUCCAAUGGAUGUUGAUCAAUAUCUUCAAGACCAACACGACUGGGAGACUCCGAUGGACGUCGAUCAAUGUUUUCAACAAACAGACGAGGGAUUUGCUGAUUUUAAUUUUUCUCCAAAUUGUUUUAAUAUAUCAGUCAGUGUUAGUCUGAAAAGCAAUGCAAACUUAAAUGAAAAAAUCCAUUAUUUAACGAAGAAGAUAGAAAUCAUACAAGCAAACGUCAAAAAGCCAAACAUUGAUCUAAUCCUUAAAAUGUGUACACAUGAGUGUAAUUCUCCAAUGGAUGUUGAUCAAUAUCUUCAAGACCAACACGACUGGGAGACUCCGAUGGACGUCGAUCAAUGUUUUCAACAAACAGACAAGGGAUUUGCUGAUUUUAAUUUUUCUCCAAAUUGUUUUAAUAUAUCAGUCAGUGUUAGUCUGAAAAGCAAUGCAAACUUAAAUGAAAAAAUCCAUUAUUUAACGAAGAAGAUAGAAAUCAUACAAGCAAACGUCAAAAAGCCAAACAUUGAUCUAAUCCUUAAAAUGUGUACACAUGAGUGUAAUUCUCCAAUGGAUGUUGAUCAAUAUCUUCAAGACCAACACGACUGGGAGACUCCGAUGGACGUCGAUCAAUGUUUUCAACAAACAGACGAGGGAUUUGCUGAUUUUAAUUUUUCUCCAAAUUGUUUUAAUAUAUCAGUCAGUGUUAGUCUGAAAAGCAAUGCAAACUUAAAUGAAAAAAUCCAUUAUUUAACGAAGAAGAUAGAAAUCAUACAAGCAAACGUCAAAAAGCCAAACAUUGAUCUAAUCCUUAAAAUGUGUACACAUGAGUGUAAUUCUCCAAUGGAUGUUGAUCAAUAUCUUCAAGACCAACACGACUGGGAGACUCCGAUGGACGUCGAUCAAUGUUUUCAACAAACAGACAAGGGAUUUGCUGAUUUUAAUUUUUCUCCAAAUUGUUUUAAUAUAUCAGUCAGUGUUAGUCUGAAAAGCAAUGCAAACUUAAAUGAAAAAAUCCAUUAUUUAACGAAGAAGAUAGAAAUCAUACAAGCAAACGUCAAAAAGCCAAACAUUGAUCUAAUCCUUAAAAUGUGUACACAUGAGUGUAAUUCUCCAAUGGAUGUUGAUCAAUAUCUUCAAGACCAACACGACUGGGAGACUCCGAUGGACGUCGAUCAAUGUUUUCAACAAACAGACAAGGGAUUUGCUGAUUUUAAUUUUUCUCCAAAUUGUUUUAAUAUAUCAGUCAGUGUUAGUCUGAAAAGCAAUGCAAACUUAAAUGAAAAAAUCCAUUAUUUAACGAAGAAGAUAGAAAUCAUACAAGCAAACGUCAAAAAGCCAAACAUUGAUCUAAUCCUUAAAAUGUGUACACAUGAGUGUAAUUCUCCAAUGGAUGUUGAUCAAUAUCUUCAAGACCAACACGACUGGGAGACUCCGAUGGACGUCGAUCAAUGUUUUCAACAAACAGACAAGGGAUUUGCUGAUUUUAAUUUUUCUCCAAAUUGUUUUAAUAUAUCAGUCAGUGUUAGUCUGAAAAGCAAUGCAAACUUAAAUGAAAAAAUCCAUUAUUUAACGAAGAAGAUAGAAAUCAUACAAGCAAACGUCAAAAAGCCAAACAUUGAUCUAAUCCUUAAAAUGUGUACACAUGAGUGUAAUUCUCCAAUGGAUGUUGAUCAAUAUCUUCAAGACCAACACGACUGGGAGACUCCGAUGGACGUCGAUCAAUGUUUUCAACAAACAGACAAGGGAUUUGCUGAUUUUAAUUUUUCUCCAAAUUGUUUUAAUAUAUCAGUCAGUGUUAGUCUGAAAAGCAAUGCAAACUUAAAUGAAAAAAUCCAUUAUUUAACGAAGAAGAUAGAAAUCAUACAAGCAAACGUCAAAAAGCCAAACAUUGAUCUAAUCCAUAAAAAUAUGUACACAUGAGUGUGAGUCUCUGAUGGAUGUUUAUUAAUGUCUUCAACAUUAACACGAUUGUGGGUCUCCGAUGGAUGUCGAUCAAUAUCUUCAACAUCAAACGGACAAGUCAUUUGUUGACAUUGAUUUUUUUCAAAAUUGUUUUAAUCUAUCAGUCAGUGUUACUUUAAGAAGCAUUUUGAACUUAAAUGAGAAAGUCCAACAUUUAAAGAAUAAGAUUGAAGUCAUAAAAGCAAAUAGUCUAGAACCCAAACAUUGAUCUAUUGCGAUUUCUUGUUAUUAAACAAAAAUGUAAAAUUUAAAAGUUGAUGCAAAUAUUUAACUAAACACUAUUUAAAAAUAAAAUUUAGCCAAUUAGUUUGAAUAAUUGAUUUGCAUAAAUGUGAUUGUUUAUUGGAUGUCAAAGAAUCAAUUACUCACAAUAAAAUGUAUUUUUGUGUGUAUGGAAUAGAAAUCGCCAAUAAUUGUUUUACUUGUCCUAAGUAUGUGAAAGAACAUAAAAUUCCGAAGUAUGAGUUUAUGAUUGGUGUUGAUCAAUAUUUUCAACAGCAAAUGGAACAGGUUUUUGCCUACUUUGAAUUCUCUAAAAAUUGUUCAAAUUUAUCAGUCAAUGUUUGUUUGAAAAGCAUUUCGAUCCUGAAUGAGAUUGUACAUCAUUGAACGACUAAGCUUGCAAUCAAAGAGGAAAAACCCAAAAAUCUAAAAGCUGAUCUAAUUUGAUUUCUUUAUAUUUAACAAACAUUUAAAAUUUAAUAGUUGAUGAAAAUAUUUGACUUAACACAAUUUGAAGAAAAAAAAUUCAUAAUAUGUUGAAUUGUUUA